UUAUAGAACACUUCAUAAAUUUGACUCGGCACAAAGGUACACCUCAGAUAAGGAGCAAUGUUUACAUGCAUUUAGACGCUGCUAUCAAGAGACUUGCAUUGCAUAAGGUGUACACAUUAGAAUUUACACAUAGACGGUCAGUUUGAGGAGCAGUGACAUGAUGAGGUGUCUGAUCUCAUUGUGUGUGCCUCUUCUGCUACUGGUUAACGGUGAAACAAUCAAUGGACAAACAUCAGGUGCACCUACAACUUACGAUACAACAACAGAUGCACCUACAACCUCCUUUACAGUAGAACCUACAACUUCCAGCUAUGAUCCUUGCUAUAAUUACACAAUCCUUAAUGACUCCUGGAGAGAUGUUCGCCUGAGCAAGUUCUAUUGGAAAAAUGACAAUUUUGUUGAAUGGAAAGGCUGGUACCGCUUCUAUCUUAAUGGUGCAAGUGCUCAAAUGUCAGAGUGGUGUACGAGUUACAUAAUAUGUGGAGGUGAAACUGCACUGUUUCUGUCUGGUUCUCAUCCCAAACUUGAGGAUGGUGUGGUCACCCGAGAAGUCUCUGGAAAUUGGAAUUGGAACAACAACCAGUGCGGCAACCAACGACUCAGCCCCAUUCAAGUUAAAGCUUGUCCUGGACAUUAUUACGUCUAUAAACUUGUCAAACACGACAUAACAAUUAAGAGACCUACAUACUGUGCAGUCACUUUUAACAACAUCGUCAGUGAUCCUUGUUACAACUAUGAAUCUCUGGAUCGUCCCUGGAGAGCCUCUAAUGAAAGUGGAUUCUCAGUUUGUGAGAAUUCCUUCUCCUGGAAUGGCUGGUACAGACUUUUCCACAACGGGAUGAACAUCAGAAUGUCAGAGAGCUGUGUUAAAAACAGGUGUAACACAAAUCACGAUCUGUAUCUCAAUGGUCCUCACCCUCACAUUCAGGAUGGAGUUGUGACCCGGGAGGUCUGUAUGUCCAGGUGGAAUGACUGCUGUCAUAUGAAGACCAUACCAAUAAGAGUCAAAGCUUGUCCUGGAGAUUAUUAUGUCUAUGAAUUUGUGACACCAAAAACAUAUUUGUGUUCAGGAUAUUGCACAGAUAUUGGCACUACAUCCAGUGUGACUUCCACCACAACUCCAGCUGUUCUGACCGGAUCUUACAUGACUUCAUCUGACACAGAGUAUGACCCAUGUUAUAAAUACAAGAUUUUGGAUGAUGACUACAGAAGUAUUCACACUAUAACCAAUGGGUAUCUUCAUGAUGACACACGUGUUGAAUGGGACGGCUGGUAUCGACUCCUUAUCAAUGGAUCCAGUGCUCAGAUGCCUGACCGGUGUUUCUCUUCCAUAUCAUGUGGAGGUUUCAGUUCUCUGUGGCUCGGUGGUCCUCAUCCUAAAAUAAAAGAUGGUAUUGUUACACGUGAAGUCUACGGCUCUGUUGACAGCCGGUGCAGAUUCUACAAAUCCAAUCCAGUCCAGGUCAAAGCUUGUCCUGGAAAUUAUUACGUCUACAAACUCAUACGGCCAAAGUUAUCAAUCAUAUCGCCUACAUAUUGUACAGCUAUGAGAGACUACUGCUAUGAGCUCAACUGUACUGAGAAUGAGUGGUGUGGAAAACACAAUGGUGUUUACGGCUGUUUCUGUAACCAGACCCAACCCACAUCUAACCCUGACACUUUUGAUGCCUAUGAGACGUGUGAAGGCAGUUCUGGGUUCAUGUCUCUGUCUCGCUGUCAGCUCUUUGAAGCUGGUUUUUCUGCUGAUCUCUUACACCUGAAUGACGCCAGUUGUACAGGAACAGUCCAGAAUGGAAGAGUAGAGUUCAGAUUUGACAACAAUGCCAGUAUCUGUAGUACAGGUCUUACGGCCAAUGGCACACACAUCAUCUAUGAGAACAUUAUCUUCGGGCAGCAGGGAUCAGCUGGAAGUGUCAUCAGCAGAAAGAAAUUUCUCAGGCUGAGUUUCAACUGCACUUAUCACCAAACCGCAUCAGUCUCCAUGGACAUCAACCCUCUGGAGAGCAUUGUGCACAGAAACAUUGAAGGUCUGGGGACGUAUCGGGUCAGGAUGCUUUCAUAUCAGGAUGCUCAGUUCUCCAAGCCGUUCAACGGUAGUGUGGAUGUUGAGGUGGACCAGAAGAUUUUCGUGGACGUGCGUGUUGAUGGAGUUGACAGUCAUCAGUUUGUUUCAGUGAUUGACUCAUGUUGGGCGACACCUGUGAAUGAUCCUCAGUCCUCUGUCCGCUGGGAUCUCAUCCUUGAAGAGUGUCCCAAUCCAAGUGACGACACAGUGGAGCUUCUGCAGAACGGCGUCUCUACAUCCAGUCUUUUCUCCUUCAGGAUGUUCAUCUUCACUGCAAACUCCAAUAAGGUUUACCUGCACUGUAAAAUUCACCUUUGUCUCCAGACCAACAAUACCUGCUCAUCUCAAUGUCAACCUGGACAGCAUCUGAGAAUGGGCAGAUCUCUGGAUUUCCACGACACUGCCUCCAUAUCUAUGGGUCCGCUGGUCUGGUCUAAUGGAAACUCAGAUAUUUUGGCUCCAGAAAAAGUGAAGGUGUCGAGGGCCUCAGGUCUUUGUGGCUCUGUGAUGUUUUUUCUGGUUUUGGUUUUGAGUGCUUACAUCGUCUUCUAAUAGGUUAACACAAAUGAAAAGCUCUCAUUUUAAAAGAUGUGUAUACAUUCAUUUUGUUUAUGCAUAUGUUGUCUUGAUUGACAAAAAAUAACUGGCUUUAAACUUAAACAUUAAAUUUUAAUGUGUGAUGAGACCUUUAUUAAAUAGCUUUACAGUGUGUUUUGAUUUUUAGCAUGGUGACAUAAGAUUACAUUUUAAUGAUAUGUCUUACUUGCAACUACUUGCUAUGUUAAGUCAAUGUAUAAUAAAGGGAUUCCUGUUAUUAA